AUGGCGCUGUUCUCUCCACCUACCUGUCAAAUCUGGAUGAAUUAUUUGUCGGUGGGCGCAUUUUUUAUGCGCCGUAAUGACUUCCUUUCUGUAGUAGUCUUUAUUUCUUUUUUUUUGUGGCAAAUCAACACGUAUACCUCACUAAUAUGA